AAAAGACUUUUCCUGGUUAUUCUGGUUAAAGCAAUAUCUACCAGCAAUACAUCAUCAGGGACAAGAAAAUGCACUAUCUCAAGACAGAAUGCAAUGAUCACGGGGAUGGAGGGUUUUGUAAAUCUACGGAUGAUGAUGAUCAGGGCUGAAUAUCCUAAGAUAAACCACUAUCUCCAUGAGGAAAAGCAAAAACAUUUAGAGAGCCUGGCAGUGGAAGGCAAGAUAGUUUUUAAUCAACUCCAGAGAAAUGUAGCUAGAAUGCGUCACAUGGGGAAACCCCUGAGAAAAACGUAUGAGGAACUAAAGGAAAUUUGCUGCAAAACAGAUGUGGACCUGAACCAAGUAAAGGCUAAGGAAAGAUGUCAGGGUGUUGAACACCAGACUGCUCAGAAAUCCUUUAUGUUCACUGAGGUCGAUACCCUUGGACCUCCAUUAUUUUCCUGUUUCCAAGGUCCAAUUCUGCCCUCUUUCACUUUGGGAUGUCGGGCUUUGCUCCUCCAGUAUAACCUGGAAGCUCAGGGUCACAUUCACCUUAUACAAGAAGGAAAACUAUGUAGAAAAUUCUGUGGAACAGAUCCAGAAAAAAAAAAAAAAAGAUUUUGGAGACCUCAUGAAAAGGGAAGCCGAAGCCUGCACAUACCCCAGCCUGUGAACCUGCAGCUGAGCUCACGGACCAUCAUAGGAUUGUCCAAAAGGCUUAACAACUUCCGAGACCUUUCAUUUGCUGUGGACCCAAAUGAUCAGGAACAGCUCAUAAACCUGCCCAAGGUCUCAGGAAUUUUAAUAGCUGGGUAGUGUCCUAUCCUGGUGACUUCUUGAAUGGGGAAAAUCACUUAUACCUCAUGGACUUGAACUUCAUCUUACCUUCAGGAGAUUUAUCUGUAUUAUUUUUUAAA